GUCACCACAUGCCAGUUUGUUAUUUUUACCGCUGUAUUUUAUGUUUUCGUGCAUGCAUAAACAUGUGAGAUACGCUGAGGACGAGGUGGAUACUGCUGGACCAGUUUACUUGAAAGCAGAGAAGAAAAUAUCCAUGGUCAAUUGUUUUAAAUUUGACGUAAGAACUUCCUUUUGUCAACAAAUCAGUUUUCUGAAUUUGUUGGGGAAGAUUAUUAAAAACCACUGGGAAACCCCAGCCCAAAAGCAGAACUGAGUGAAUAUUUUGACUUUGUGAAACUUAUUUCGGUUGCCAGAAUGUACAAAAAAAGCCAUGGCGCAUUUUGAUGAAAAGAGCGGCGUAGUCCCUUGCCUGACCCCAUGGGGUAAGUGGUAUCAGACCAUGGAGGAAAUCUUCAUUGAGGUGAAUGCUCCAGAGGGUACAACAUCUAAGAUGGUCAAAGUGAUCUUUGGCUCCAAGCAGCUGGCCUGUACAGUCAGAGGAGAGGAACUCAUUAAGGGUGAACUGAGUGCUGCAGUUAUUUCUGAUGAGUGCACAUGGACACUUGAGGACAACAAGCUGAUUGUAAUCGUCCUGGUCAAGUCGAGCCGACUGGCUGAGAACUGCUGGCACAGCUUGCUGAAGGAUCAGUACACAGCUGACCCGUACAUCUAUGAUCAGAUGGAGAAGAAACUCACCUUGCAAAGAUUCCAGCAUGAGAAUCCCGGCUUUGACUUCAGUGGGGCUGAAAUAACAGGCAACUACUCUCAUGGUGGGCCCACUUUUGAUCCAUAGUGCACUUUCAUCAGGAGACUCCUUCCAAAGAUGACGCCCUGCCUUUGCUUUUAUUUUGUUAACUUACUGAUGAAAUAAUAAUUUGUGUUUUUCUGAUGACAGUUAUACUUCUUUCUUUUUAUCAAUGAUGUAAAAAAAAGACAUGUUCAUAGAUAUUUCAUUCUUGUGCAGCGUGAAUUGGGGAAGUGUCACCCAUAGCAAUUCACAGGAAACCAGUUCCAGACAAAUCUUUUUGGAGAAAAUGCUGUCACAUUUGAACAUUAACAUUAUAAUGUGGGUUGUUUUGGUGAUAUUAAGACACUGGGAAAUACUACUCAUAUACCAUUGCAGUGUGAGCUUUUGCAAGAACUGCACAGUUGGUGUCCUCAACAUUGCCUGUAAAAACUGACUUAUGUAAGGCCCUGAGCCUUGGUGAAUUGUCAAAAUGUUUCCAGAGUGCUCUUUGUAUAGUGCACUUUGUCUUGCAAAGUAAAAUGGCCUUUUCCCCUAAAAAGUGAUUUUAAAUUCAAGGUCAACAUGUUUGUUUUCUUCCUGCUAUUUGUUAAGUUUUCAGAUUGUUUUCACACCAUGUUAAGCUUCAUUUUUAAUCCUGUGUGCAUGUCACAAAAUAAAGUUUAUGUAUAAUUCACCAGUUUAGGCUCGAUUCAGGAAUCAAAGUUUACCUUAAAAAUGUAAUUGACUGUUAUAAUACACAAACUGUGUUCAGCUAAUUGGUUGGUACCCUGCUAAUGCACACAUUCUUUGAUCAGCUAAUUGGUUGUUACCCUGCUUGCAUGUAUUCUCGCAAGUAAACUUUGUUCGGGCUUUUAGGUUUUGGAUGUUUAAAAUCUGACAAUAGUCAGACAAUAACAACUUCUUCAUUGUUUUGUUUCCACAUAUGCAAACAGCAAAAUUCUGGAAAUUUCCUCUUUUUAAUUUUUUCUUUUUUAAAAUUUCAUUUCACCACUUUUCUCCAAUUGUGUUGAUCUGUUUGUUUAUUUCUGUAGUUCAUUGACCAGUACUUAUGACAUCGGUAGGCGGAGGAAUCGCCAAGCAACCUUACAUAAAAAUAAACAAGGUAAAUCAAAUCAACUUAUCAUUAAUAUACCACAGAAAGAUCAGUGAACAAUUUGCACGGUACCAACCAAUUCAGCUUAAACGAAAGCUUUGCCUAAAAUAGUUUGGCUAACUGUAAAACAUAUUAUAUUUUUUGCAUGUGAAAUUUACUGCAAUGAGAAGUAUUCCUAUGGAAAUAUUGUUUGCAUUUAUAAAAAACUUGUGAAAUCUUAUACUUAAAUUUUGUGAAACAUAUUGCAUACAAAAACUGAUGUGACUGUGAUACAAUGCUUUUUAUAUUAAAUUCCAUUUGCAAUUAAAGGUUGUAACAAAGCGUA